AUGGCCUCAUCUGAUUUGCUGUUUCCAAUAUUCUGGAUACCUUGGUUUCUGUCAAGCUUGCACACCAACUUGUUUCUUAUUGGUGGUCAGCUUGGCCUGGCCUUGUGUAAGCUUGUCCGUUUCUUUUCUUUCGUUUCCUGUACCGUUUCGAUUCAGAAUCUGAUUCUGAUAGCGGUGGAUCGAUUUGGAGCCGUGGUGUUUCCACUCCGUUCCCCACUCAUCAGAUCCAAGCUGUGUCCCUUCUACAUUCUCACCACGUGGAUAGUUGCCGUAACUGUCGGUUCGCCAUACUUGUUCGCCAACGAGCUCGUUGAAAAUCCGGAGGGAGCCAAGUGUGUUACGAAAUGGAAGAAAGCAUUCGGAGAGUCAUCGUCCCAUGCCAGUUUCCUACUAGCUUUCUAUCUUCUGUUUAAACACAUCCCUGUGCUGUUGUUAGUCAUUCCUUACUCUAUCAUUCUCAUCAAACUCAAGACACAGGUACACCCAGGUGAACAGUCCGCCAACACUCAACAACAGCGGCACAGAAGAAACAGAAACGUGCUUCAAAUGUCCAUACCGUAA